AUGCAAAACGGCAACAAAGAGAUACAAAAUGGAGACCACUGGAGGAAGCAGAAAGGAAGCGAGAUCAAAUGUAUCAGGGACAAUAAAACACUAAUGGACACCAGGACCGCGACUGCAGAGCUUGGCUGGACGGCGUACCCUUCGUCAGGGUGGGAAGAAGUAAGCGGCUAUGAUGAAAACCUCAACACCAUCCGAACAUACCAGGUGUGCAAUGUCUUCGAGUCCAACCAGAACAACUGGCUGCUCACCACAUUCAUCGCUCGCCGUGGCGCUCAGAGAAUUUAUGUGGAAAUGCGUUUCACUGUCCGAGACUGCAGCAGUAUUCCGCGAGUGCCUGGAUCCUGUAAGGAGACCUUUAACUUGUACUACUAUGAAACAGACUCUGUUAUCGCCACCAAGGGUACGGCGUUCUGGAUGGAGGCCCCGUAUUUGAAAGUGGACACUAUUGCUGCGGACGAAAGCUUCUCGCAGGUGGAUUUUGGUGGUCGGUUGAUGAAAGUGAACACAGAGGUGCGGAGCUUUGGUCCACUUUCGAAAAAUGGCUUUUACUUGGCAUUUCAGGACUAUGGGGCAUGCAUGUCCCUGCUUUCUGUGCGUGUGUUUUAUAAGAAAUGCCCCAGUGUGGUGCAGAACUUCGCAAUCUUUCCAGAGACUAUGACUGGAGCGGAGAGCACCUCCCUGGUGAUUGCUCGCGGGAUGUGCAUCCCAAAUUCAGAGGAAGUGGACGUACCAAUAAAGUUGUACUGCAAUGGCGAUGGGGACUGGAUGGUUCCGAUUGGGAGCUGCACCUGCAAGGCAGGAUUUGAGCCGGACAAUGGGAACAUCUGUCGAGCGUGUCCUCCAGGAACGUUCAAGGCUAGUCAAGGGCCGGGUCUGUGUUCUCAGUGUCCAGCCAACAGCAGAUCCACAUCUGAAGCGGCCACCAUCUGCGUCUGCAGGAAUGGCUACUACCGAGCAGACGGAGAGCAGCCAGACAUGCCCUGCACCAGUGUUCCUUCUGGACCCCGAAACGUGAUCUCCAUCGUCAACGAGACAUCCGUGACCCUGGAGUGGCAUUCUCCGCGUGAGACAGGCAGUCGUGAGGACGUCACGUAUAACAUCGUGUGUAAGAAGUGCCAGACGGACCGCCGCUCGUGCUCCCACUGUGACGACAAUGUUGAUUUUCAGCCACGUCAGCUGGGACUGACCGAGUCCAGGGUGUUCAUCAGUAACCUGCUGGCUCACACACUGUACACGUUCGAGAUCCAGGCGGUCAACGGCGUCUCCAACAAGAGCCCGUACCCUGCCCAACACGUCUCCAUAGACAUCACCACCAACCAGGCCGCUCCGUCUAUUGUUCCCAUAAUGCAUCAGGUCAGCUCUACCAUGAAGAGCAUCACGUUAUCAUGGCCACAGCCUGAGCAGCCCAAUGGUAUUAUUCUCGAUUAUGAGCUGCGCUACUAUGAGAAGCAUGAAGUUAAAGAUGAAUACCUGACUGUGAAGAAGUAUGUUGCAGCAUACGACUAUAAAUCAGAGCUGAGGGAGCAGUUGCCACUGAUUGCGGGCUCGGCCGCGGCUGGAGUGGUCUUCAUCGUGUCUCUGGUGGCCAUAUCUAUAGUCUGUCGAAGAAAACGAGCUUACAAUAAGGAGGCGGUGUACAGUGACAAACUCCAGCACUACAGCACUGGCAGAGAGCUCACUCUUAGACCGGAUCUGUCAAACUGCCAUACGCCCAUGGGCUGCCCGACGCUGCCAGGCUCUCCAGGCAUGAAGAUCUACAUCGACCCCUUCACCUAUGAAGAUCCCAAUGAAGCGGUCAGAGAAUUUGCCAAAGAGAUCGACGUCUCCACGGUCAAGAUUGAGGAAGUCAUUGGGGCAGGUGAGUUCGGGGAGGUUUAUAAAGGUCGACUGAAACUCCCUGGAAAACGAGAGCUCUACGUUGCCAUCAAAACACUGAAGGCGGGCUAUUCUGAGAAGCAGAGGCGUGACUUUCUGUCCGAGGCAUCAAUCAUGGGUCAGUUUGACCAUCCUAACAUCAUCCGUCUGGAGGGAGUUGUGACCAAAAGCCGUCCAGUGAUGAUCGUCACCGAGUUCAUGGAGAACGGGGCGCUCGACUCCUUCCUCAGGCAAAACGAUGGUCAGUUCACUGUGAUCCAGCUGGUGGGGAUGUUGAGAGGUAUCGCUGCAGGGAUGAAGUACCUGUCGGAGAUGAAUUACGUCCACCGAGACCUGGCCGCCCGCAACAUCCUGGUCAACAGCAACCUUGUGUGCAAGGUGUCGGACUUUGGCCUGUCCCGUUAUCUGCAGGAAGACACAUCUGACCCCACCUAUACCAGCUCACUGGGUGGAAAGAUCCCCGUGAGAUGGACCUCGCCAGAAGCCAUCGCGUACAGGAAGUUCACCUCUGCCAGUGACGUGUGGAGUUACGGUAUCGUCAUGUGGGAGGUGAUGUCAUUCGGCGAGAGACCCUACUGGGACAUGAGCAACCAAGAUGUUAUCAAUGCUAUAGAGCAGGAUUACAGGCUUCCUCCACCCAUGGAUUGUCCCACUGCUCUCCACCAGCUGAUGCUGGACUGCUGGCAGAAAGACCGAAACGCCCGGCCACGCUUCACAGACAUCGUCAACACACUCGACAAACUCAUCCGCAACCCCACCAGCCUUAAAGCAGUCGCCAGUAUACCUACUAUACCAUCCCAGCCAUUGUUGGACAGGUCUAUCCCAGACUUCACCACCUUCAGUUCAGUCGAGGACUGGCUUUCCGCUGUCAAGAUGUCUCAGUACAGAGAUAACUUUCUCAACUCUGGAUUCACCUCCCUACAGCUGGUCACCCAGAUGACUUCAGAAGACCUGUUGAGGAUAGGAGUGACUCUAGCCGGCCAUCAGAAGAAAAUCCUCAACAGCAUCCAGUCCAUGCACCUGCAGAUGUCUCAGUGCCAGACGGCCACUGCGCUGGCAUGA